AUGUCGGGUAGUCAAGUAGCUGGAGCUCCUGGAUCGCAUCCCCCUGGUAUGCCCGUGAGGACUCUUUCAACCAGUAGUGCUUUCACAGAUCGCACUGAUGAGGGAGAGGCGGUGCCGACGGAGAAUCCAAGUAGUACUUCAGAGCUAUUAGCAGAAAGAUUGAGAGCUUGGAAGCAUGCGGUUGGAUAUCUCGAGGAAUAUAUUGGAGCUACGGAGAAGAUGCAAAAGCAACAAUCGAAGGAAUAUGAGAAGAUUUUGAAGACUAUUGCGAACCCCUUAAAGGAGGGGCAUCAUUUUCAGCAGGAGGUGGGAGGAAUGGCUGGAGUGUUCGAAAAUAUGAGAACUAAUACUCAGGGUUUAAUCAACUCUCACCUCGAAACAGAGAAGAAUAUAAAAGGCACGGUGAUUCCAAUUCUCGAUCGACUACACAAAGAAAUUAAACAUAAGUCUAAGGAGUUGUUAUCCGGAGCUGUAAAGGGCGCGAAAGAAGUUGAAAAGGCCAGAAAUAUCACACAGAAACACAUCGAGCUUCUAGGAUCACAAACUUCGAAUUAUCAGUCCAGCGCUGCUUCCUUGAAGUCAGCUGAAGAUCCAUACGUCGUCCACCGAGGUAUUAUACACCGACUUCACAAGCAGGUUUUGGAGGAGAACACCAAUCGUCAUGAUCUCAUUCAAGUUCAAAACAACUUUGCACAAUUUGAGUCUCACAUUAUCGAGAUCAUUCAGCAGGCUAUGAUGAGUUUCACUCAAAUAGUCACGAGCCAAUCUCAAAGGGAACAAACACUAUGGGGAGAUAUGCUCAACAGCUGUCAGGUUGUCCCUCCAAAUCUCGAAUGGGAAGGUUUCGUUCGCCGCAACCAAGCUCUUCUUGUCGACCCUAACGCCGCCGAUCGUUCGGUAGAAGCUAUUACCUUUCCCAACCAAAACCAUGCUAGCACUCAGCCUCUCAUUGAAGGCUCCCUUGAGCGCAAAAGCAGAAACAAGUUAAGCUUCGCUGGUUACACGACGGGCUAUUACGUGGUAACUCCCAGCAAAUUCCUCCACGAAUUCAAGGAUAACGAUAACAUACGUAGGGACCCCGUCCCAGAGCUAUCCAUCUACUUGCCAGAUGCCAUAAUCGGCAGCACCAAUGGUGAAAAAUUCAACAUCAAAGGAAAGGAUGUCUCCAAGGGAAUAGGAAGUAAACUGUCUGGUACAUCGGAAAUUGCAUUUAAAGCGCAUUCGGCCGCCGAUGCAAGUAAGUGGUAUGAAGUUAUCCGAUCAGUUGCGGGAUCGGGCCCAGCAGAUGCCUCUGGCAGCGGGCCAACUAGUCCAACAGACUCGAGACAAAGCUCAGCAGCUUAUCCGGUGGAAAAACAGCCGGCUUCAGUGCAGACCACCGGAACUAUUACUGGGGGUGAGACGGUCGCUAGUCCUGUGGCGCAGACGAAUGCAACCGAUUUUGCUCCAGUGAAAGUACCAGAGAAGACUGGUUGA